AUGACACGGGUAAAAGCGUCAAAGAAAAGCGAUAAAACUGGUGGAAAUGACGACGCCAAUGUUAUGGAUACAAUUGAUAAUCACAAUGAAAGCGAACAUGAAGUCGAGGAAAUGCCAGUAGAUGAAAUAAUAGGCGAUGCAAUACCCAAAUUCCGCGCAUUGGCAGCUAAUGAAAUGAACAAUGGAAAACCUCAAUACCGUAAAAUACCCAUUCCACCACACCGUCUCACUCCAUUGAAGAAAUCAUGGCCAAAGAUAUAUGAGCCAUUGGUUACUCAUUUGAAUCUACAAGUAAGAAUGAACACAAAAAGCAAAUGUGUCGAACUAAAGACGUCAAAACAUACGACCGAGACUGGAGCGCUUCAAAAGGGUGCUGACUUUGUGACAGCAUUUACUUUGGGAUUUGACGUUGAUGAUGCCAUGGCCAUUUUACGUCUAGAUGAUCUGUAUAUCGAAACAUUUGAAAUCAAAGAUGUAAAAACUCUCCACGGCGAUCAUCUGUCCCGCGCAAUAGGUCGAAUAGCAGGGAAAGAUGGCAAAGUCAAAUUCACAAUCGAGAAUGUAUCAAAGACAAGAGUUGUACUGGCUGACACGAAAAUACAUAUUCUUGGAUCAUUCCAAAACAUAAAGAUCGCAAGGGAUGCUAUUGUUUCACUAAUCCUUGGGAGCCCGCCUGGAAAAGUAUAUGCAAGCUUAAGAACUGUUGCUGCGAGAAUGAAAGAGAGAUUCUGA